GUCUUUCUCUUUUCUCCAACAUUUCGAAAUUCUGAACCCACCAGCGUCGGCGUCGGGUUUGAGAAUUAACUCCCUCCGACACCGUUCACGGCGACUCCGGCCACUUCGCCGCCUCCAAUACACUCGAAAAUAACUCCGUUAAAUAGUCAUGGGUGACAAAGACGAAGAGGCGUCAAUGCCAAGGGACGCGAAAAUCGUCAAGUCUUUGCUGAAAUCAAUGGGCGUGGAAGAUUACGAGCCUCGCGUCAUACACAAGUUUCUAGAGCUAUGGUAUCGUUACGCCGUCGAUGUGUUAACGGACGCACAAGUCUAUUCAGAGCACGCGGGAAAAUCCGCAAUCGAUUGUGACGAUGUUAAGCUCGCGAUUCAAUCCAAGGUCAACUUCAGCUUCUCGCAACCACCCCCUCGUGAGGUGCUAUUGGAGUUGGCUCAAAACCGCAACAAGAUACCAUUGCCAAAGACUAUAGCAGGACCUGGCAUCCCACUUCCACCUGAUCAGGACACAUUGAUCAGUCCUAAUUACCAGUUUGCACUUCCAAACAAGAGGCCUGCGGAACCUUUAGAAGAAACAGAGGAUGAAGAAGCCACCAUUCCCAACCCAUCUCAGGAAGAAAAGGCAGACAUGCAGCAGAAUCCCCAUCAAAGAGUGUCAUUUCCCCUGCCCAAACGCCUAAAGGAUUAAUUUUAAGUCCUAUCUGUCACUGUUGUUUUAGUCUAGCUCUUGCUCUUGUGUAAUUGUUGUACAACAGUGGUAGCAACAAAAAUCUAUUAAAAUGGUAGCUUGUUGCCUUGUUUAUUUUAUUCUGUAAAAUCCACUAGUUUUGAACAUUGAAAUGGAAUGGCUUCCACCCGGCUCGUUAUGGUCAGUAUAUGUUAAUA